AUGGCGCCUCAUCCCUCGGGUGCGCCUGCUGUCCAAGUGACCCUCCAGACGGAACAGCCCUUCCCGAGCGCCUCAGACGACGAAGGGUCCUGCUCGGCGUCCGCCCCGCCCAGCCCCACCCAGGCACCCCCAGACGGCGCGGAAGCCCAAGGGGUCAGCUGCCAAGGGGCGUCAAGAAAGCUCCGGGCGCGGCUCGGGGGACGCAGCCGGCCCAAGAGCGAGUUAGUGCUGAGCAGACAGAGACGGAGCCGGCGCAAGAAGGCCAACGACCGCGAGCGCAAUCGUAUGCACAACCUCAACUCCGCGCUGGACGCUCUGCGGGGCGUGCUGCCCACCUUCCCCGAGGACGCCAAGCUCACCAAGAUCGAGACGCUGCGCUUCGCGCAUAACUACAUCUGGGCGCUGACGCAGACGCUGCGCAUGGCAGACCACAGCUUCUACCGGCUGGAUUCGCCGGCGCCGUCCUGCGCAGAGCUGAGCAGCCCAGGGGGCGGCUCCCCGGGGGAAUGGGGCUCCCUCUACUCCCCAGUCUCCCAGACAGGCAGCCUGAGUCCCGCUGCCUCUCUGGAAGAGCUGCCGCGUCUGCCGGCGCCCGCCUCCCCAGCCUGCCUGCGCCCGGGCGCCCUGGCCUUUUCAGACUUUCUGUGA